CGCUGCUGGUCUGCGAGAUCAAUUCACUGCCGAGUAGUCUGCCAAUGCAAAGCUACUACUGUUAGUGCACCAGGUCCUUCUGUACCCCCCGCCAAGGCAGCACAGCGGCUAUCCAGUUGGCCUAACACGUCACCGUUCUGCUUCAUCCCCGCUGCGCGCUGGAUAGAUAUCUAUCUCUCUAGGCACCGGGAAGGGUCCCUGUUGGGUAAGACCAUUGUGGGCUCACUCUCUUGCUUGUCGGCGGCAUAUAAUUGUGAGGACCAAGAGGACAAAGGGGGUUCAAUCCACUGCGUCUCGUCUCGCGACCCACCUCUCCUUAACUGGGUCGAUCCUCCUGUAUGUAUUGGUGACAAUUCGAUACGCAUGUGAGAGUUCCAAACAUUGUCUUCACAUAUCUGAAUACUUGCGGGGCUGUCUUUAUCUGUCGUCGUCAUUGAAUAUCGACUCUAUACACUUCCUCGUCCGGUGCUUUCACCAUGUUUCACUCCUCGAAGCCGUAUUCGGCUGUGACGGUCCAGAUCGAGGUCCUCACCAGCGAACAAUAUGAGGUGGAAGAUUCCAGUGGAAUCGUGGAUCUUAUCGAGGCCAUUCGCAUCCAGGCCAGUGGUCCUACGGAAGCGAGUCGCGCUUUGCGUAAGAAACUCAAGUAUGGCAAUCUUCACCGCCAAUUGCGAGCCCUUACAAUCCUCGACUUCCUAAUCCAGAACACCGGCGACCGCUUUCUGCGGGAAUUUGCAGAUGAGCCCUUACUGGAACGACUACGAAUCGCUGCGACCGACCCGGUUUCCGAUCCCUUGGUGAAAGAGAAAUGCAAACAGCUUUUCGGGCAAUGGGCUGCCUCAUACAAGAACACUCCCGGCAUGGAGCGGGUUACAGGUCUUUACAGACAACUACCAAAGCGUAAGCAGCCGGCUACUCAGGCAAAAGCCAAAAUCUUGCGAGAUGCGGGGCAAUCAGACGAACCUACGAUGGGCCAUACGGUGUCCGUGUCAGCCGGGAAUGGACCUGCUACAGUUCUCAGUGGCCCCAAGCACAAGCACACAUCCAGCAAAUCGUCCCUCUCAUCUUUCAGGAAGGAAAAGAAGGAGAAGAAGACGCUAAGCAGGUCUUUCAACCUCGAGAAAGAGAAGCCGGAAAUUCUACAGACCCUCGCAUCAGCCUCCGUCGCCAGCACCAACCUUCUCAACGCCCUCAAGCUAGUCAACCGCGAAACGCACCGGGUCAGCGAAGAUGCCGAAGUCCUCAACCGGUUUGAGACUUGCAAAACAUUACGGCGCCAAAUUCUGCGAUACAUCCAGCACGUGGAAAGCGAGGAGUUUCUGGGUAGUUUGAUUCACGCAAACGAGGAGCUAGUCACCUCACUUAUGGCAUUCGAAGUCUUAGACAAGAGUGUAGACUACGACAGUGACAGCGACCAGGAUGUCCUGGAGACGGGAUGGACCCCUGACCGCGACGACCUGCCCGACUCAUUCGCAGGGCUGGUUGUCAACCCCCCGAAGCCACCUCGUCCCCCUCGCCCCUUGAGCAUAUCUGUACCAUCCUCAUCAAGGAAAGUCUACAAUGACAGCGAGUCAGAGACGGAAGACGACGAUGAUGAGGACAAUCCAUUUGGCGACCGCAACGCCAUUCGCACUCCUGGAAUUGAGAAGCAUGAACCUACCUGGAGAGAAGUUUAGACGAACACCUCCCUACCCCGCCUUUUAUCGCAUCACUUGAUAUCACAUCAACCCAACUCAAGCACACAAUCCAUUCUGAAACGGCCUGCACAUUUCAUUUACGACAAGAGAAAGAAGUAUGAACUCCGCAAGGACGGCCUAAACAUUUGACGUCACUCCAUUUCCCUUUUCUUCAUUGACCUUUGUCCGGCUGGUGUCCGCAUGGCAUGAGGCGCACGGGGUAGUUGUUAGAAUGAGUUUUUUGUAUGAAGUAGCACCCUAUGAUUGAUUCUGCUAUACCAAUGUCACCGAAAGAAUUCAG